AUGACGGCACCGUCGACGUUCAAAACAUUGGCCAAGGGCAAGGUUGCUACCCGGAUUCCCAAUGAUGUGAGCUUUUCUCACGCGGCCGCAAUACCGGCGCAGUUCGUUGCCGCAUGGCAAGUGAUACACCGCCUGGCUCGACUCGAUGAAGGCGAGACGAUUCUAAUUCAUACGGCAGGCAAUGGCACAGUACAGGCUGCGAUUCAACUUGUCAAGUCACUCGGCGCCAUUGUGUACGCAACCGUGGGAUUGGCUGAGAAGAAACAACUUAUCAUUGACGUAUCUCGGGUUCCAGAAGAACACAUUUUAUAUAGUCGGUACGCGAGCUUCGCCAAGGCCAAGCCGCGAAUGGACGAGGCGUUGAUGUGGUUGUCAACACGUUGGCAGGCGACGAGUUGCUCGCCUCUUUAG